AUGAGUUCAGAAGAGGCGUGGCCUCAAAGACGUGGAAACUUGGAUUUUGAAGAAGCUAUACGUUGCAAAUACGUUACGAAAAACAAUCAGCUUGGUGAUGGGUGUUUCAGCGUGGUCAAAGAAUGCAUGAACAUACACACGCGGGAUCUUUUCGCCAUGAAGUUGAUCAGUAAAAAAACGGUGCAGGGGAAAUUGUGGCUCAUUCAGCGUGAAGUAUCAUUGCUAAAAGACAUGAGUACACGGAUCCGAGAGCUGGAACUCUCGGGAGCCCAAAAUCAUGACACUUUUGAAGGACAUCACCAUGUUCUGCAACUGUUUGACUAUUUUGAGACUGCACAACACAUCGUGCUGGUAACUCAGUUGUGUGACCAUGGUGACUUGUACGAAAACAUUAUAGAGGCAGGGUCGUUGCACCUUGCACGUCAGGCCAGGCCCUAUACGGCAUGCUUGUUGAGCGCCAUACAUUUCCUGCACGAAAACGGGGUAGUUCAUCGCGACGUGAAGGCUGAAAAUGUUAUAUUUCGCCGCAGAGUUACUGAACUUAGCGAGUUUGCAAGGAGAGGAUCAGACUACGAUCCCACGGCACACGAUCUGGUCCUAGCGGAUUUCGGCCUUGCGACCAAACUUAACAGCUCUGAAGACGAACUGCGUGAGUGUGUAGGGACUAUUUCGUAUCUGGCACCGGAAGUAAUGAAAUGCCAGGGUAUCUCAAGACUUCCUCCAGCAGAACAAAAGAAAAUUGCCCCUUAUGAUCAAUCGAUCGAUGUUUGGGCCCUUGGUGUACUUGCAUACUUUAUGAUGACGGGCUACAUGCCUUUUGAUUGUGAUACUGAUGCAGAAACGCGGAAAUGCAUCUUAGAAGGUGAUUAUUAUGUGGAAGAUGGGUUGCGUGACGAGCACGAUGCCGACAAUUCACUCUUUUGGAACUUCAUCCAUCUAUGCUUCAACGUAAACGCUUCUGAAAGGCCAUCCGCUCAUGAUUUGAGGAAACAUCCUUUUGUGCGCGCGUUUUUCGAAGAUAGUGACCCUUCGGAACCGUUUGGCAACCGAAUCAGGCUUCAGAAAAGCGUUUCGUCUUCUUCAUUGCACAAAUUACAAACCCCAUCACGGUCCGUUAGUUCGACAAGUAUUUCGCAUCUUGGAUCAUCCGAAUCGAGAGCAACAAUCAAGCGCAAUGCGUCUCGCGACGAGGAGUUGAAUAAGAUCCGUGAAACUUUGAAAAAAACGUUGUCGAUGGCAUCAUUGAGGCCUGCACAACCAGUGCGCAACGCGAACAAAGACAACUCCACGUUCAUGCUUGCGCCUGUGCCUCCCACAGGGUCGUUAAUGAAUGGCUGCUUGUCACUGACGCCUGAAAGCAAGUCUAAUUUUAACACGCCUCCAAGCUUAUCUCGUACGGCGUCUUCAAACAACAUUUCACCGCCUGCAUCGGCCAGUACGGCGCUGACAGGCAUGGAUUCGAGCUCUUCACGCAAGCGUGCAGGAGCCCGAUUUGACAUGUAG